AGAAGGUACAAAUGCUCAUUAUGUACAAAGAGGUUCACCCGACCCAGCUCGUUAGCUACCCAUAUGCACAGCCACACGGGUGAAAAGCCUUAUGAAUGCCUUGUGGAAGGUUGUGGUCGUAGAUUCUCCGUGGUUAGCAACUUGCGUCGUCAUGCCAAAAUC